AUGUCUGCUAAGCCAAAGUUUCUCUUUGUCCUCUCUUCUCAGAGCAUUCUCCCCACUCGUGGCACGCCGACGGGAUGGUACCUUCCAGAAUUUGUUCAUCCCUACAAUAAGCUCGCUCCACUGUUUGAGAUCGUCGUUGCAUCUCCCUGCGGUGGUGAAGCGCCGCUCGAUCCUUACUCAAUUGAAGCCACCAAAGAGGAUCCUGAGUGCGUGGCUUUUCUCAAGGAGAAAUCGGAUGUUUGGAAGAAUACGCUGAAGCUUGAGUCCCUUCUGGGCAAGACCUCAGAGUUUGCCGGGAUCUUUUUCGUGGGUGGCCAUGGUCCAAUGUUCGAUCUAGCCAAUGAUGCAACUUCUCAUGCCCUGAUCCGUGAGUUUUACGAGAACGGAAAAGUCGUCUCUGCCGUCUGCCAUGGCCCGGCAGCUCUCGUCAACGUAAAACUGUCUGAUGGUAGCUACUUGGUCGCUGGUCAGAAGGUCACCGGGCUCUCCGACGCUGAGGAGGAAUCUAUGCAAUACACCAAGGAUAUGCCAUUCCUGUUGGAGUCUGAUUUACGCAAGAACGGUGCACUUUACGAAAAGGCCGACGACCUCUUUGGCGUAAAGGUCCUUGCUAGUGGUAAGGACGGGAAGUUGGUCACUGGUCAAAACCCACCCAGUGCUACUGUGAUCGGCAAAGCCUUGAUUAGAGCUGCUGGAGUCUAA